AUGAAUAAUAAAAGUGUUUAGCUUUAAAAAUCGCCAUAGUUGAAGGGACAAAAUCUAGCUUCUUCUUUAGUAGCUUCUGAUCAUAUGAAAAGCUUAUUAGCAAAAAAUGCAAAUUAGAUAUUUAAGCCAUGGAAUAAUAAAUACACUCCUAAUGCUCCUUAAUCACCUUUUGGAGAUUUUCCUAAAGAUUUUAUGAAAGGCGUUGAAAAAACUAGAGUAUCUCCUUUAGUAAGAAACAGCUAAAAUAUUCUAAAUAGUUUAACAUAAGACACUUCAAACAUAGGAUCAAGGAUGAGUCCUUACAAAGUCAAUAAGAGCUCUCCUCCAAAAGCUGGAGCACUUGAAAGAAGACUCAUACCUUAAAGCGAAUUUCGUAGAUAUUACGAUAGAGCUGAUUUACCAAUAAAGGUGAAUCAUUCUGGUGGAGGUAGUAAAUUAAUAUGGAAAAUUGAUCCUGCAUAAUUAGAUUAUCAUCAUUAUCUUCCUAUUUUUAUUGAUGGAAUGAGAGAAAAAGUAGACCCUUAUAGAACAUUAAGCAUUUUAGGAACUUUUGAUCUGAUAGAAAAAGGUGAAAAUAAAAUUCUACCUGUUAUUCCUUAGCUUAUUAUGCCACUCAAAACUAAUUUAAACACAAGAGAUAUUGAAAUUAUAUCAAUAACUCUAAGAGUUAUUUAAAAAUUGGUCCUAUCAGGAAAUAUGGUUGGAGAAGCGCUCGUUCCUUAUUAUAGAUAGCUGCUUCCUGUGUUUAAUCUAUAUAAAAAUUACAAUAAGAACAGUGGAGAUUUUAUGGAUUUUGGCUAAAGAAAUAAUAUGAGUUUGGGAGAUAUCAUAUAAGAAACUCUAGAACUUCUAGAGAGAACGGGAGGAGAUGAUGCGUUUAUAAAUAUAAAAUAUAUGAUACCUACUUAUGAAAGCUGUAUAUUUACAUGA